GGAAAAGAUUGUUAAUUAUUCUAUUAUUUUUAAUUAUACUAUUUUUGCAAUCUGUUCUGCAUUUAUUUACAAUCGAUAAAAUUUUAUUCAUGUUGAUAUGAACUUCGUGUUGAUAUAAAAUUGAUAUAAAAUUGUUACGAACAUACAUUUAAAGAAAAUAAAAUAAAAUCAAUAAAAUAUGUAAAUAUAAUAUAAAUUCAAUAUGGUGUCUGUUGGUUGAAGAACUACAUAAAAGUUUUAUAUUUGAAAAUAAUACCAAAAGCAAAGAGAAAUCGUAUAACUUAUUGUAAUUAUGAAAACUCGAUUAAAAAAUUGGUGUGACAUUUAAAAACAUCAACACCGCAAAAAUAUAUUCUUUAGAAAGAUAGAAAUUCACCUUUGAAAUUCUUUAUUGAAAUUGUGUAUUUUAAGAAAAGAAAUUUAGAUAUUUAGAAAAUAGAAAUAUCGAAAAAAUUGAAGAUGGAAAAGGUUAAAAUGGACAAUGUUAUAGAUGGAAAUGAAUCUGAAGGUGAACAAAGUAGUAUUGAAAAAAAGAAUGAAAAUUCUUUGACAGAUAUUGCUAGUUUAGACAUUACAUCUCGACUUAGUUUGAAGACAACCGAAAUGUAUGGAGAAUCACAUAGAAAUGGAAUAUCUUUAGUUAAUGGUAUUUGUAAUUCUGAAAGAAUCACUGGCAUAGGUAAUCUUCUAAAACCUGAAUCUAUGGAAACUAGGCAUUUAAAACAACAUGAAACAUUAUCAUUGGAAAGUAGGGAUAAUAAUAUUCAAUAUGUUAGUUAUACAAGUGAACUGCAAAUGCCUGAUAUUAUGAAAUUAAUACAAAAAGACUUGAGUGAACCAUAUUCUAUUUAUACCUAUAGAUAUUUCAUCUAUAACUGGCCAAAAUUAUGUUUCUUGGCAAUGCAUGGUGAUGAGUGUGUUGGUGCCAUUGUUUGUAAGCUGGACAUCCACAGAAAAGUCAUAAAGCGUGGAUAUAUUGCAAUGCUAGCUGUUGAUGUGAAAUAUCGAAAACAAAAAAUUGGUUCCAAUCUAGUAAGAAGAGCAAUUCAAGCUAUGGUGGAAGAUAAUGCUGGUGAAGUAGUUUUAGAAACAGAAAUUACUAAUCGUCCAGCUCUACGUUUGUACGAGAAUCUUGGUUUUGUGCGUGAUAAACGAUUGUUUCGGUAUUAUUUGAACGGUGUAGAUGCUCUUCGGUUGAAGCUAUGGCUUAGAUGAAAUUCAUCUAUACCUUUAUAUCUCAAUAAAGAUUUAUUUGACUCUGAAACAUUGAAGAGAUGCAUCAUCAAUGUUCAAUGAAGUUCAAGAAUAUAUAACGUUAAUGCCAAAGAGAUUGUGUUUCAAAUAAAAACAAAAACAUUCGUAUGAAGAAAAAUAAUAUUGAUGAUCAAUUAUCAAUUUUCUUAUCAUAGUACAUUUAUAAUAUUAUUAUAUUAUUUAUGUAUUACUGUUACUAAUAUAUACACUGUGAUUACUAAGAUAUAAAAUAACAAAUCAGUUGAGACGUCAUAGUCAUCAUUAGUGGUUUUAAAUGUGUAAUCGAUUAUUGGUUAUAAAAUAUUCUCUUUGGUAUUAGCGUUUAUUGGGAUAGCAUACAAUCGCAGCUUAAAAAUGUUAUGAUAAGAAAAGAUAAUGAAGAUGAAAGUGAACAAUAUGUCUUUUGUGAAUACGAAAUUUGGUAAUAAAGUUACGAAAAAUGGUAAAUUACUAUAUGGUAAUAAAGUGAAUUUGAGAAUUUAAAAUAAAUUAAUUCAGAUGAGAAUUUUUUGGUUGAUUCAUAUAUGAAUGAGUUUGUUGUAAAUUUUGGGAAGGUAUUUGGUGGUUCUCAUGAGGAUGAAGUGUAAACCAAAUAAUGUAGUGAAUUUUAAUUUCAAAUCUCCCUUCGUUUCUUUUUAUUAUGCAAGAUAUUGUAUCUUUUUAUUAUAUUGGUUUAAUAUAUGAUGAAAUCAAUAUUUUCCAAAUAUUGAUUUAAAUUGACAUUAUUAAAAGUAUUUACAACUAAAUAUUUCUAUAUAUAAUAAAUAUAGUAACAUAAAAUGUGUAUAUGUGUGUACAUACAGCAACUAUUAUACAUAAAUCUGACAUAAUAGCAAAAAAUAACAAAUAGCAUAAAAUUUGACAUGACAAACGUGGAAUAAAAUUUAUUACUAUUUCCUCUACAUGACAGCUUCGUAUAAAAUAAAUGCGAGGUACAGAUCGUAAUGCAACUAUUAGAAAGAAUGUAAAAUUGUUAAUAAAAAAAUAUUUAAAUGUU